AACCGGUCUGUCCUGUGCAGUCUAGCGCCUGCGCGCUGCGGGCUCCGGGGCCUCUCGGCCUGAGGGAGAGGAGCAGGCAAGAUGGCGGCUGUGGUGGAGAAUGUAGUGAAGCUCCUUGGGGAGCAGUACUACAAAGAUGCCAUGGAACAGUGCCACAAUUACAAUGCCCGCCUCUGUGCUGAGCGUAGUGUGCGCCUGCCUUUCUUGGACUCACAGACUGGAGUAGCCCAGAGCAACUGUUACAUCUGGAUGGAAAAACGACACCGUGGUCCAGGAUUGGCCUCUGGACAGUUGUAUUCCUACCCUGCCCGGCGCUGGCGGAAAAAACGGCGAGCCCACCCACCUGAGGAUCCUCGGCUUUCCUUCCCAUCUAUUAAGCCAGACACAGACCAGACCCUGAAGAAAGAGGGGCUUAUCUCUCAGGAUGGCAGCAGUUUAGAGGCUCUGUUGCGCACUGACCCUCUGGAGAAGCGAGGCGCACCAGAUCCCCGAGUUGAUGACGACAGCCUGAGCGAGUUUCCUGUAACCAACAGUCGAGCAAGGAAGCGGAUCCUUGAACCAGAUGACUUCCUGGAUGACCUCGAUGAUGAAGACUAUGAAGAAGAUACUCCAAAACGACGGGGCAAAGGGAAAUCCAAGAGUAAGGGUGUUAGCAGUGCCCGUAAGAAGCUGGAUGCUUCCAUCCUGGAGGACAGGGACAAGCCGUAUGCCUGUGAUAAUAGUUUCAAACAAAAGCAUACCUCGAAAGCGCCCCAGAGAGUUUGCGGAAAACGUUAUAAGAACCGACCAGGCCUCAGUUACCACUAUGCCCACUCUCACCUGGCUGAGGAGGAGGGUGAGGACAAAGAAGACUCUCAGCCACCCACCCCUGUCUCCCAGAGGUCUGAAGAGCAGAAAUCCAAGAAAGGUCCUGAUGGAUUGGCUCUGCCUAACAACUACUGUGACUUCUGUCUGGGUGAUUCAAAGAUCAACAAGAAGACAGGACAAGCUGAGGAACUGGUGUCCUGUUCUGACUGUGGCCGCUCAGGACAUCCAUCCUGUCUGCAGUUCACCCCUGUGAUGAUGGCAGCCGUGAAGACCUACCGCUGGCAGUGUAUCGAAUGCAAGUGCUGUAACCUGUGCGGUACCUCCGAGAACGACGACCAGCUGCUUUUCUGUGAUGACUGUGACCGUGGCUACCAUAUGUACUGUCUCACCCCAUCUAUGUCUGAGCCUCCUGAAGGAAGCUGGAGCUGCCACCUUUGUCUGGACCUGUUGAAGGAGAAAGCUUCUAUCUACCAGAACCAGAACUCCUCUUGAUGUACCACUCCAGCUCCCCACACAUCUAAGGCUGUUUUUCUCCUCCACCUUGGUUUUCAUAUCCUGCUUCCUCUCCGACUCUUCCGCAUAUCCAGAGCCUUGGGUGGUUGUGCCAACCUGCCUUUGGCAACAGCAAUUAGAGGUGGCAACUCUGACCACCUCUGGCCCCAAGCCCUCAGGGAGUAAGGAGCAGCACGCUGCCCCAGGGCAGACCUGUGGGCCCAGCUUCUCUCUGCUCUCCAUGAAGUGCAUUCACUCUGCUUGCCUUGGGCCCAAGGCCCUGGUGAUCACAGGGUUCAAAUGGUGUCCCUCUGAGAAAGGGUGGAAGAGCAGCUUACUUGUCUCUGCCUGGUCUAGCCCUCCACUCUGGUCUCCAGGGUUUCCCUCUCCCAGAGACUAGACAGGCCAGGACUCUGCUGGGAGCAGUUGGAAGUGAGCAAACUGAGAUGACCCUCGCCAGGAAGGCCCCUGUGCUGCUUUGCCUUGCCUCCUGCUGGAGUGCUUCCAUGCCCUCUGGCUCUGCCCUACCCUACCCUGUCAUACCCAGGGACUAGCAGCUUCACCUGUCCUUCCUGUGCUUGGCUGGCUCACUCAUGGGUGGUCUCUGACAAUUCAAGCAUUCCCCACCCUCAAAUUCCUGUCUUCUGCCUCCCUCCUUAUUCCCUUUGGUUUUGUGGGGACAGGGGAUGUGCCAGGGGGCCAGGUUAGCAGUUUGAGGGCCACAGGGAAAUGUUGGAUAAUGUGCCUGUUUUUUAACUCGAUAAAAAGCCUACCUCCAAAACCCCCUUUUGUUCUUCCUGGACCUGGGCAUUCAGCCUCCUGUCCUUAACUGAACCAGGAGCCUCUGCCUCCUGCGUGUGUUCCCCGGCUCCCAGGUCUCAGGGAGGCCGCAUACACAUCUCCUUCCCUUGCACGCUAGCUACCAGCUGGUAAGGUCUUCACAUCCCAGUUACUCAGUUUUCUGCUUAGUGGCAUUGACAUUAAGUAGGAGGGGGACAGUCCAUGCCAGGACAGUCUGGAAAGGCCUUUCCCCUUGGUUGUGGGCAGGUCCUAACUGUAACUUUGGACAAAGUUGAGGCGCCUCCCCUCUUUAGUUCCUGCAUUCUAAACAUUAGUACAAAUAAACAUUUUUACACAGA